UUUUUUGGUGAAAAUUUCAAAUUAUGCGCCAAAUUUGCUGUACAAAUUGGCCCAAAAUCGCAUUUUCAAGAAAAAUUUUGGUGAAGAAGAUGAAGAAGCAACCUGAAAUACUACCAUUGGGACAGCGGUCAAUUGCUUCAACUUUUCUCUUUCGUUCUCCAAAUCAGUCUACUGGUUGUGAGAAGAAAGUGGAAAGCAGAGGUUCCAAUCAAAAGGGUUCAAGCAUAUCUCUAUCUGAUUUCCUCAGCAAAAAAUUGCACAAAAGUCCUGUUUUGCCCGGAGUAGUUCCAGGAAACAAGAAAUUCUCGGUGCCAACUUGUAGUAAAGACACAAGUGUGUGUGUGAAGGGACGAUUCAAUUGUUCGAAAGAUGGAGAAUCAGGAAUUCCAUGUGCUCUUGAUGCUAUUUUUGAACAAUACAAGAACACCAUGAAAGAGAACCAAGAUGUUUCUGCUCCUAAUGAUUUCCGUGAGGUUUCCGUCACCGAUAAUGUCAGAACAUCAAGAAAAAGAGGCUUUAUUGAAGGUAGCAGCGGAAACCAAUCAGCUCGAAAGGUUUUGGCCGUUCUUGGAGAAGGUUCAGCAGAAAAGCCUAGAAAAAAAGUGAGAAUGCUUGAUAACAUUGAGAAACCUAGCACUCUCUUCAAUCAUUAUGCAAAUGGAGGUGGCUGGUGGGAUUGCAACAUGGAAGGUGUUGAUAAUGAAGAAGUGGGUUGUAGUGAAGUAUGGGAAGGAAUGGGUUCUACAACUCUAGGGGGAUUGGAAUGGCACUGAAAUAAGAGAUAUGAGGAGAGAAAAGACUGUAUUUUUGUGAUACAAC